AUGUCUCGCCAAAAGGAGUACGUCAGUCCAGCGGGUCUUCGCCUGGACGGCCGUCGCCCGCGGGAGGCACGGCGCAUGGACAUUGCAUUCGGCACGCUUUCCGCUUGUGACGGCAGUUGCGACAUCACACUUGGGCAGUCAAAAGUGUGCGCAUCCGUCUUUGGGCCGCGAGAGUCGCUCCACAAGCAGGAGGCAAAGCACGAUAAGGCGCUUGUCACGUGCGAAGUGGCGGUCGCCGCGUUUGCUGGGGAAAACCGUCGCAAUCCGCAGAGGCGUAGCAGGCUCUCAGAGGACAUCGGCGCCGCUGUGGUGCAAGUGGCCCGCUCCGUCAUCCUCCUUUCCCAGUAUCCCAACUCGCAGAUUCACAUUUACAUCGAGGUCCUUCAGCAGGACGGGAACGAGAAAAUCGCGUGCAUCAACGCGGCGUGCCUCGCCCUGAUCGACGCAAACGUUGCUAUGCGGGACGCGGUGUGCUGCAUUGAUGCAGGGAUUCUGGAUGAGCACAUGCUGAUAGACUUGACAAACGACGAGUUGCGCUCUCAGUGCCCAGUGAUUGCGGCGGCAUUCACGGGACACGACACGCGGAACAUCAUUUGGCUGGAGACGACGUCGCGGCUACCUCCAGACUCGGCGACGCGGCUGCUCAAGUGCGCGGAGGAGGGUGCCACGAAGCUCUUUGAGACAACAAUGCGAAAGGCGCUGGAGGAACAUGCAAGGAAGAUCUUGGCGCUACAAAGCUAG